AGUUCAUCUUUAAAAUGUGUAUUUUUAAAAAUCGUUUUUCAGUGUACUCUUUCAUUGAACAAAGGUACCAUCGACAUAUGAAGUCUCUAACCAUCAUAGUUUUGACUGUACCGCAAUAGUUUCUACCUACGUCGAUUAGCCAGUCAGGACAUCUUAUUUUAUGUGUACAUAUAAAAGUAUGUAUUUUAAAUAUAUGGACGUUGCCACAUAAAAUGUGCUAUAGUGGCUAUACCCGAAGAUUAUAAUAAUUUUGCAGCUGUCUCGCCAGUCGCCGGAGUUCAGUCGACCCGCCGGCCGGCCGAGGGCGCAGUUAAAUUCGAGGUGAAUACAUUGCGAGGGUUUGUAAUUUGUAUCGCCGAUAACCAAAAUAAUAAUAAUAAAAACUGUCGUAAUAGUUCAAAAACAUCGGACAGCCGAACACGAAAACCUUCAUCUGUUAGGCAAGUGCGCGGGUGCGGGCGAAGGGUAGAUGGCGAACACUAUGUGGACUUGUCAAGGCCGAUUUAGGGAUCUGUCUACAGUUCGACCCCUCGCCCAAUUAUUGCUGCACAGUGCACAUCUACGCCCCCUUUAAAAUGUCACCGCCGCAAGCGAAUGGAUCCGCUAGUGGACAUCGGUUUUAUCUCGUUUAAAAAAUAAUUAAUUGUAUCCAGCGAUAACGACGAAGAUGACGACGACGACGACGAGCGCGGACGAACGACGACGUCGCUCUGUGCGGCGCGCGCCGUUCCGUCCGUAAGACCGCUACCAAACACCACCGUCCGCCGUGCUUCCAGAUUGCUGCUCAUUCGUCCGCCAUCCGUAGCCCAUUUUAGUAGUACCGCUCCUCCGUAGCCCAUUUCAGUAGUCCCGCUCCCGAUCGCCGCCGAAAUCACGAUGUUUGAAUUAUAUUCCGAUACAGAAGAGCCACAGCAACUGCCACGAGAGUUCUAUGCCCGAAGACGUAAUUAUUCAAAUUAUAACAAGGAAAAAAAUAUGGGCAUCAAUAAAUAUGAUCAAUUUAGUUUAUCCGAACAGAGACGUUAUUGGAUCGAUCUACAUAAUUCUAUUAAAUCAGCAAUAGAAAAAUUGAAUCAUGGAAAUAUUAGAUCAACGAGUAGGAAAUUGAUUAAAUUAAACAUCAUACGUGGUAAAGGCUUGCUGUGUCGAUCUAUCAUGGAAUCACAAUCCCAUUCACCCAACUUUACGAAUAUUUAUGCAACGUUGGUUUCAUUCAUCAACCACGAUUUUCCGAACGUAGCUGAACUUCUUCUGGUGCGGUGUAUUUGUGUGUUUACUGAUGCGUACAAAUGCGAAGAAGAGAAUAAGUAUGUGCCACCGGUAUUAUUUAUCGCACAUUUAGUGCAAAACAAUGUUGUAAGUUAUGUUAAUUGAAUAGUAUACUAUUGGGUUUAAAUAAUAUAUACAUUUUCUAAUUAUGUAUGUCCAUUGUUCAUCUAGGCAAGAG